GUAACGCCCCUGCAACGUUUCAGCAGGCCAUGCAUAUGGCCUUCGCUGAGUUCAUUAACAAAACCCGACUAACCCAGCCCCUGAUCAAUUUCUGCGUGAUUGUGUACAUGGAUGAUAUUUUGGUCUUUUCAAAAACACACGAGUACCAUGUGGAACACAUUGAGUGGGUUUUGCAUGCACUAAAAGAUGCGGGGUUCAAAGUGGCCUUAGAGAAAAGCGAGUUCUUCUUGUCGGAGAUCUCAUUCUUGGGGUACAUCGUCACGGUCGAUGGACUAAAACCGGAUCCGAGGAAGGUGGCAGCAGUUCAAGAAGCCCCGGUGCCGGUCACACUCACCCAGGUUCGGGCCUUUCUAGGGCUAGCAUCCUAUUACCGACACUUCAUCAAGGGGUUCGCCGGUGUAGCGAAGCCCCUAACAAACUUGCUGAAGAAAGAGGAGCAGCUGAUCUGGACGCUGGAAUGCGAAGCAGCGUUUCAGGCGUUGAAGGAGGCUCUGACAUCUGCUCCUGUGCUGGCGCGUCCCGACCCGACAAGACCGUUCGCAUUGUACACCGAUUGGCAGCCGCAGGCGAUAUCGGCGGUGCUGACUCAGCACGGGGCGGAACGAAGGGAACACGUCAUUCAGUAUGCAUCCAAGACGCUAGGCCAGGCGCAUGCUAAUUACGAAGCGUUGUGGGGAAACCCGGGGAGGGGUCACCUGUUCGUCGCUGAAGCCAUGGGCAACAUCGCCUGUCACUCGCUGCGCCCGCUUCCGAGGUUCGAUUGGACACGAGCCGCUCAUGAAGAGGAUGCGGUCCAUUUCGCGGUCAAGUACACGCAAAAGGCCAUCGAAAAGAAUGGAUGGUACUGGUCGGGAAUUCGGGAAGAUGUGAAAUACAUCGUCCAGAAUUGUCCGGCUUGCGCGGCGGACAAGGCGCCGGUACAGAUGCCUCGGACGAUGGUGCCUACUCGUGUAGAUCGCCCCUUUCAGAGGGUGAGCAUCGACACGACGGAUAUCAACGUUCCGAGAGGUCCCGUCGAUCAGGGAGAACUCAAUGUUCUUUUACUGGCCGUCGAUCGUUUUUGGAAAUGGAUCGACGCGUACCCUAUGACCAGCCGGAAUUCGCAAGAGGUAGCCUGAUUCUUCGUGGAUCACGAAGACCACUGCAUCGGGGAGCACUUCGUCGUCUACUACGUCAUCACACGGCCCAAGCCAGCGCAGAAGGGGGGGACGGUGGCGCUGUACCCAUUCGCCCAGCUCCAGACGAUCGAUCCGGGAUUGUUGGAGCUCAUACAUCUUGAGCUCCUCUCCAUUGCGCAGGUGAUCGUGAGCGAGGAAGAGGAGAUCCAGCCACGAUUGCGGACGGCGACGGCCCCGCGGAGAACGUACAACGCGGUCGUCAUCCCGGACGGCGGACUACAUUGCGCAGCGCGCGGAGAGGUUGGAGGACUUCCCGGAGGAAAAGCCGCUGCGGCCUCCCUCGUCGUAUCCCAGACCGGCGCCACCUCAGGCCCCCAAGAAGACGCCGAAGAGGAAGAGACGCCACCCGUCACCAGGAGCGCAAGGCAGCAGAAUCGGUGGCGGCGAGGAGUUCCUCCAAGCCAGACGGUCCAUCCGACAGAGGUGGAUUUCAUGGUGGAGCCCACCACCAUCAGACUCGAGGCCAUCGCGGGGGCGCCGCGCCCUGAUCCGGCGUGGGAGCCAUAUUUGACACCCCCUUUUCAGGGGUGUAUUGCGACGCGACUGGCUGGGACGCUCAUCUACGAGACCGGGCAGCGUCCCAAUGUGAUGUACCACUUCCUUGUCUUCGCGGUGCAGAAGCGGGAGCGGCAGCCUUACACCGAGACUCAUGUGGUGAUGACAGGUCCAGGGCCCCGAUCGGUGCGCAAGCGGGUGGUGCGAGCGGUGGCGGAUCUGGCGCCACGUGUCCUGUCUCAUGUGUCGGGGGCCUUCCUCUAUCCCUCGUUCGUCCAGCACCACUUCCAGGAGGAAGAUGCACCGACGACUCCCGCGGCAAUGGCCGCUUUUCUUCCACCUAUUCCGCCCCCUCUUAAUCCCGACAUCGAUCACUUCCUCUGAUCACCCUCGUCUACCUCUCCCCGCUUCUCUCCUUCUCCUUCUCUUCAUCAUCUUCUUCUCCUAUGCCCAAAGUUCGCGCGUCGAGACGCGCUGUGUAAAAAAAAAAAAAAAAAAAAUUCCGAUCGGGCCAGCUGACGAUGAAGGGGCCGCCCAAUCGGGUGUAUACUAUGGGAGGAGGCGAUGGAGGAUGCAAGAUGAUUGGGCCAGCUGACAAUGAAGAGGCCGCCCGAUC